AAAAGAGUCAAGGCGCGCAGCGGCUACGACGCCCUAUCGGAUUUUGUGGAGCCUUCCAUCUCGUGUCAUCAACAUCGACGUGAUAUGGCUAUCGCCCUACCUACCUUCAUCACACUCCGCGAUGGCAUCGCCAUCUAGUGGAUGUGAUAAUUUUCCGGACCGCGCGCGACGAACAUGUCGUCUACUAGUAUUGUCGCUUCGAACCAGCAUCCUCGCAAGCACAACCCCAAGGUCAAGACAGGAUGCAAAACCUGCAAGUAUGACCACGCCUUAGUCGUCACUCGAGAGUAAACUUGCCAACACACGCCAGGAAACGUCGCGUAAAGUGUGAUGAGAAGCGCCCUUAUUGCCUCAAGUAAGCAGGCAAGCUUCCUCGUACGUAGACUCAAAGACCACGAUGUUUACUCCUGUAGAUGUACAUGCACCGGCCGUAAAUGCGACGGAUACAGUCAACCAAAGCAUGAUUAUCAGACCAGCAUCAUCAGCUACGCACUCGAAUCUUCAAAUAGCCCCAAACAUGCGCUUUCACCAUUAUCCGAGUGCGACAACGUACACCACAUCGAGUUCUACUAUCACUGCGUCGGGCCAAUGCUAUCCGGCAGGUUCGACACCGAUUUCUGGUGUGGGAUAGUGCUCCAAAUGGCACAUGCCGAGCCCGCCGUCCGCAACGCCAUGAUAGCCCUUGCUUAUCUGAACCAACAGCAAUGCGGCAGCUCAGCACAUGCACAUCAACUCGCCGCAGCACAAGACGAACAGAACAGUCGACAGUUUUGUCUCUAUUACAACAAAGCCAUCAAAAGCCUUGUAACACGCAUGACCGACGCAUCAUACGCACCAGAAAUGGGGCUGGUGACUUGCCUUCUCUUCGCAUGUAUAGAGUUUCUCCGAGCAGAGACACAACACGCACUGCUUCACAUGCGGAAUGGUCUUCGUAUCGUUUCUGAGCUGCGGAGGAACCACGCUGUUGCCUCAUCAUCCUUAUACCUUACAAAACUGGUACGCAACGGGGCUAGUGGACCUCUAGAUCUGAUUGAGAAAACGCUUGUACCUGUAUUCACCCAGGGUCUGAUAUCCACGCUACUACAUGGCAUAGACGUCGACACGGAAUUUGCUUUCCUCGACUCUCCGCUCCAGGGAUCGCACAUGACAGGCUUUACUAGUAUACGCGAAGCACGCUUUGCGUACUGCGAGCUACGCAACGCAUCGAUUCUUUUGGCGCGCAACAUGGCUAUCAAGAUAUUCCAAGGCCAAAAGCCGUCCGCAUCAGAUCUCGAGAGACAAGUACAAGUUUUGUCUUGUCAUUGCACGUGGUCUGAAGCUCUACUUGCGUUCGAAAGCUCGAGGAACCUGUCUGAAGAAGACAAACGUUGUAUUAGUGCGCUGAAGAUAGGAUACUACGCGACCUACACAGCAACCGCGUGUGUGCACUCCGCACGCCAAACAUCAUUCGAUGCGCAUCUCAACAGCUUCAAAGCCAUUAUCUACCACGCGACCCUCCUCAUUAACGCCAUGACCGUCGCAAUACCUUCACGCCCACAAGCCCACCGUCUAAACGCCGCAGCAAACUUCACAUUCGACACAUCCUUAGUCCCUGCUUUAUACUUCGCUGCCCUCCGCUGCCGCCACCCCGCCAUCCGCCGCGAAGCCAUCGCGCUACUUUCUCGCAAUCUACCCCGUGAAGGGCUCUGGGAUCCGGAGCAGUACCGCAUCUUAGCUGAGCGCAUUGUGCAGAUUGAAGAGAUGGAGGUUGAUGAGGAGGGGUGGCCGGUGGAACGGACGAGGCUUUGGAGCGGGACUGUGACGCCGGAUGCACGUGAGGAAAGUGGGUUUAGAGCGGAUUUCUUGUUUGCGAGGGAUGUUGAGAGGGGUUUGGGGAUGAUGUGGGAGAAGGGGAGUGGGCGGAAUGGGGAGGGUGGCCUGGGGUUGACUGUGGGGGAGCUGUACGUUGAUGUGCCUGUGCAGCGUGACUUGAACAACUAAUACACGACUCAUGCCUGCCUGUACACAGAACAAUCGGGCCCGAAACAGCAUCCUAACCUAUCCCAUUCUCUACAAGGACGAUCGCAAUCGCUUACAGAUUACUUCUCGCUCCGUUCCGUUGCCAAGAAAUGUUCUACAAUUACGUGAUAUCCACUCCUUUCCAAAAAAAAACAAAACACAUACGAUACCAUCUUUACCACGAACGCCGAUGGACGCCUGACGUGUUACCGGACCCUCAAGCCACCUUGUGUCGCCAUAGUGAUGCUUUUAGUACAAGGAUGAAGUGAAUCAACAAAUGAGAGAAAGAGAGGAUGGCUACAUGUCCGUGAUCAUAGCCUGGUCAUCCUGACGCUGGCCCUCGGCCACGAUGCCAAGAAGCCGUGCGUAGGGGACCGUUAUACGCUGGAGGUCGCGGUGUUUACCUAUAUCGGACAUUAGCAUACUGAACCGGCAACGUCGUAGAAAAG